GUUUGUGAUACUGAAAGUGAAUAGCAGUUAGGAAAUUUACUACUAUGAAUUCGUCAUCGUAUAAAGAGCUAGAGGAACCCUUAAAACUUAUACACAAAAAGUUUGUGUCUUUGGACGAAAGAGAAGUUAGGGAAACGAAGCCUCUAGUUAGACAGGUCUUGGUGCUUCUUGUCACUUAUAUGAAGGAAGCCGAUGACAUCUUCAGAGAGCUUUUUUAUGGUCUAUAUUUUGGAGGCAGCUUUUAUCAUAAUCUUAAGAUUCAAAACCCAGACGAGUUUGAUAUAGAUUUUUUGCUCGCCUUACCAAAAUGUUCAGAGUGUAAAAUUUUGAACUGUAAAUGUGUGGAGGUUGAGCCGGGUCAUGUUGCAGGGUUUUUGAAGUUUUCGCUUAAAAGAAGAUUUAGUCCAAAAUUUUAUGAAAAAUUUUGCCUCAAAGGAAAAGUCCAGAGCAACCUAGUAUUUAACUGGAUCAAAAGCCUCGUAUGUAAAGCUCUUUAUCGCUUUAAAACCGAAAAACAUCGUAUCGGAACUAAUGAUUUCUGGGCUGUUACUCCAACUACAGAAAUAUCUUUGUACACAGAAUGUCAACCUGCUGUUAAAAUUUGCAUUAAAAAGGGACAAAAAAUCAUAUAUGCUGACUUGGCUGCUGCAUUUAGAUUGGACGAACAUUAUUGGCCAGGAAAAUCGAAAUCGAAUAGUGGGUUUAGAUCCAAUCCAACAAAUGUCAAACAAUUUUCUAUUGUGCCGUUUUGUCCUAAAGGAUGUAAUGGCUAUUGGCGACCUUCGUUUCAAGCCCAAGAAAAAUUAAUUAUCAGCGGAAAGCAAACUUUGAAGCCCGCUCUGAGACUAGUUAAAAUUAUGAAAAGCAAUCUUAAUCAUUCAGUGUCAAGUUACGUGUUAAAAACUUUAAUAUUGCAAGAGGCAGAUACUUUCGACUGGAAAAAUGUCUGCAUAUCAGAUGCCUUCAUGUUUUUAUUAAAAAAAUAUGUGCAAUGCCUUAAACAGGGUCGCGUAGAAUAUUAUUGGCAUAAGGAUGUCAACCUGUUGGAUUACAUGAAAAAGACCACUAUAACAAAUCAUUGCAAUGAAGUUGUCAAGUUGUAUUUAAAAAUUGAAAAUGGAUCUAAGUUAAAUCCGUUGGUUGCUGCUGAAGUAAUAUUGAAACAGAGUUCAGACUAUCAAAUUUUCAUCACCGAAUGGAUGAUUUGGAAAAGUCAGCUGUACAAAAAACAGAUUUCCUAUAUAGAGAAUAAAGGCGUUUCUUCUGUUGGAAAGCAGCAGUUUGACGGUCUACGAAAUGUACUCGAUUUCUUUGUAACUAUGGCAAAUAAAAAAACUUUACUAGUUUAAUACAUGCAAUAGAGGUUGUCUUUUAGAUAUCGUUUAUUUUCAUAUUUAUUGUCAUUUUUUCAUAACCUUUAAGUUGGUUUUCAUUGUAUGUAUUCAUAUUAUUAACUGUUA